AGCAGGUUCCCAGUUUCUGCCGUAGCUGUUGGCCACGGCGUGGGAAGCAGCUCUGGGGGAGCUCGGAGCUCCCAUCACGGCUUCUGGGGGGGCAGCUGCCGCUGGGUGCAGAACGGGGCCAGGUCCCCUAGCGGGAGCCCCAGGGGGACGGGCAGGUGCGCCAGGGCCCGAGGACCUGUGACCCUCCUGCCUCCGGGGUCGGUGCCCUCUCCAGCCCUAGAGCUGGCGCCCAGGGAGAGCCCGGUGGCACUUCAGGAACGCGGGGCAGCUCUGCGUGGGACCAAUGCCCCUGGCCCUGGGAGCCGACAUGCAGGGGCCUGAGGCCUGGCUGCUGCUGCUGCUGCUGCUCCUGGCGUCACUUGCAGGCCGCUGCCCGGCGGGCGAGCUGGAGACCCCGGAGCUGGUGACGGUGGUGCUGGGCCAGGACGCCCGGCUGCCCUGCCUCUACCGCGGGGGCCCCGACGAGCAGGUGGCGCAGGUGGCCUGGGCGCGCGCCGACGCGGCCGAGGGCGCCCGGGAGCUGGCGCUGCUGCACGCGCAGUACGGGCUGCACGUGGGCCCCGCCUACGAGGGGCGCGUGGAGCGGCCGCCCCCGCGAGGCCCCCUGGACGGCGCGGUGCUGCUGCGCAACGCGGUGCAGGCGGACGAGGGCGAGUACGAGUGCCGCGUGAGCACCUUCCCCGCCGGCAGCUUCCAGGCGCGGCUGCGGCUCCGCGUGCUGGUGCCUCCCCUGCCCUCACUGAAUCCUGGUCCAGCGCUCGAAGAGGGCCAGGGCCUGACACUGGCCGCCUCCUGCACAGCUGAGGGCAGCCCGGCUCCCAACGUGACCUGGGACACAGAGGUCAAGGGCACGAUGUCCAGCCGCACCUUUGAGCACUCCCGCUCGGCGGCUGUCACUUCAGAGUUCCGCCUGGUGCCCAGCCGCAGCAUGAAUGGGCGGCCCCUCACCUGCGUGGUCUCCCACCCGGGCCUGCUCCAGGACCAGAGGAUCACCCACAUCCUGCAGGUGGCCUACCUUGCAGAGGCCUCGGUGCGGGGCCUGGAAGACCAAAAGCUGUGGCAGACCGGCAGAGAAGGCACCACACUCAAGUGCCUGAGUGAGGGGCAGCCCCCGCCCACCUACAACUGGACACGGCUGGACGGACCUCUGCCGCGCGGGGUGCGCGUGGAAGGGGACACCCUGGGCUUCCCCCCGCUGACUGCUGAGCACAGUGGCGUCUACGUCUGCCACGUCAGCAAUGACCUCUCCUGGCGGGAGACCCAGGUCACCGUGGAGGUGCUCGGCAGCCUGUCUCCAGCAGACCCUGCGGAGGCCACGGGGAAGCAGGUGGACCUGGUGUCGGCCUCCGUGGUGGUGGUGGGCGUGAUCGCCGGGCUCCUGCUCUGCCUCCUGGUGGUGGUGGUGGUGCUGAUGUCACGAUACCAUCGGCGCAAGGCCCGGCAGAUGACCCAGAAGUAUGAGGAGGAGCUGACCCUGACCAGGGAGAACUCCAUCCGGAGGCUGCAUUCCCACCACUCGGACCCCAGGAGCCAGCCGGAGGAGAGUGUAGGGCUGAGAGCCGAGGGCCACCCUGAUAGUCUCAAGGACAACAGUAGCUGCUCUGUGAUGAGUGAAGAGCCGGAAGGUCGCAGCUACUCCACACUGACCACCGUGCGGGAGAUCGAGACCCAGACAGAGCUGCUGGUGCCCAGUCCCGGCUGCGAGCGGGCGGAGGGGGAGGAGGACCGCGACGAGGGCAUCAAGCAGGCCAUGAGCCACUUCGUGCAGGAGAACGGGACGCUGCGGGCCAAGCCCACGGGCAACGGCAUCUACAUCAACGGGCGGGGGCACCUGGUGUGACCCAGGCCCACCUCCCAAAGCCCGCUCCCUCUGCUGACU